UAAGUAACUUUCGUGUUAUAUCUUGCAUAAAUUUGUAGUGCCUGCACUGAACACACCGUUGACAGAGAGUAGAUGUCAUCUGUCAUUAUACUUCUUCAUUGUUCUUCCAGCUGCUUGCCAUUGUUGUAUUUGUUGUGUUUUAUUAAACCAAUACACUCAAAAAUUGUCUCCUAUAUUUGGGCUUGGGUAUUGUCUGUAGUUUUGCCUUUGCCACCUUUAUUGUGUAUUGCUUUUGUUUUACAUAAAUUUGAAAUGAACACGAUUGAACCACUGGAAAGUAGUACAAAAUUAACUGACAAAGUUACGUCAAAAAAUGCUAGCACUAUUUCACUGGACACAGAUUCGAAAUCAAGUUCCGGCGGCUCGAAACAGGGUGCGGAAGGCGUUUCACCCAGAGACACACCCUUUGUUUACCUUGACGGCGAGGAAGAUCAAGAUCAAAAGAACGAUGUCACUUAUGUGUGUCCAUAUCGUGGACCAGUAUUUGGAGCACUCACAAUAACAAAUUAUCGUUUAUAUUUUCGUUCAUUACCAAUGCGAGAUCAGGAGCCACCAGUAGUUGUUGAUGUACCACUAGGUGUGAUAGCACGCGUGGAGAAAAUUGGUGGAGCUACAUCAAGAGGUGAAAAUUCAUAUGGUAUUGAAAUAUUUUGUAAAGAUAUGCGUAAUUUACGUUUUGCACACAAACAACAAAACCAUUCCCGCCGCACUGUUUUUGAGAAGCUACAGUCAUACGCAUUUCCAUUGUCAUUUAGUGGGCGACUUUUUGCUUUUGCACAUUCUGCUGCAACUGGCUCACCACCAAUAGCAACUGAUAAUGGAUGGGCUGUAUAUGAACCUUUAGCUGAAUUGCGUCGUCUUGGUGUACCAAAUGAUAUGUGGAGAGCCACAAAAAUAAAUGAGGCCUAUGCAGUGUGCGAUAGUUAUCCGGCUGUCUGGGCUGUACCAAAGGCUGCAUCAGAUGAGUUUUUACGACGUGUUGCACAAUUUCGUUCACGUUGUCGACUGCCAGUUUUGUCGUGGAUGCAUCCACGUUCGCAGGCCACAAUAACACGUUGCUCUCAACCAUUGGUGGGUGUGGGUGGCAAACGUAAUGCAGAUGAUGAGUUGUAUAUUAGUUUUAUAAUGGAAGCAAAUGCACAAUCUGAUAAAUUAGCUAUAAUGGAUGCACGACCCAGUGCUAAUGCAAUAGCUAAUAAAGCUAAAGGCGGUGGUUAUGAAUCCGAAGAGGCAUACAAAAACGUUGAGAUACACUUUUUAGAUAUACACAAUAUACAUGUGAUGCGAGAAAGCUUACGAAAGGUGAAAGAAGCAUGUUAUCCAACUAUAGAUGAUUCAAAAUGGUUAUCUUCGAUUGAUAAUAGUCUCUGGUUGAAACAUAUAAAGUGUAUAUUGGCUGGUGCUGUUCGUAUAGUCGAUAAAGUUGAAACAAUGAGUACAUCUGUUGUGGUGCAUUGUUCCGAUGGUUGGGAUCGUACAGCGCAACUUACAGCGUUAGCAAUGUUAUUAUUAGAUCCAUAUUAUCGAACUUUGCGUGGAUUUGAGGUGCUCAUUGAAAAGGAAUGGCUUUCGUUUGGACAUAAAUUUCAGCAGCGCAUCGGACACGGUGAUAAUCGUCAUUCCGAUGCAGAUCGGUCGCCAGUAUUUUUGCAAUUUAUCGAUUGUGUGUGGCAAGUUAGCGAGCAAUUCAAAAACGCAUUCGAAUUUAAUGAACAUUUUCUUAUCACAAUUAUUGAUCAUUUGUAUUCCUGUCGCUUUGGAACAUUUCUGUGCAAUACAGAAGCUGAACGUGUUGGUGAAGAUUUAAAACAUAAAACAGUAUCGCUAUGGACACAUAUAAAUGGUUCUUUGGAUCAAUAUUUAAAUCCAUUAUAUCCAUCAUUUUCGCAAGGUGCUAAAAAUGUGAUAAGACCAGUUGCUAGCAUGCGUAUUGUGAAAUUAUGGAAAGGGCUUUAUUGCCGUUGGAACCCCAGUAUGCGACCACAAAAUAAAAUUUAUCAACGUACACGUGAGCUGCUUGCGUUGCAGGAACAGCUUGUGAAGCAAGUUAGAGAUAUGCGCCUCAGGGCACAAACCCGCCAAUUAGCGCAGUCAUUAACGCGUUUGGCCUCACCCAUGCAUUAAACAAACUAAAGAUUAUCAUUAGAACUUUUUAUAUAUUUAGAUUUUUUGAAAA